AGGCGCGGGAAGAGCCGGGCGCGGGGAGAAGGGGAAACCGUGGUGUUUGGGGCAGGGCCGGGAGCGCGGGGAUACGGGAAGGUGAAGGGAGAGCGGGGGGAGCGGCGAGCUGGAGGGUCCGUGACGGGGUGGCGGUGAGGCGCCCCGUGCUGUGCGGAGGGGCUCCGCUGCGCCUCGCGCCUUCUCGGCCCGCGCGCUGCCCUCAGGCGCCCCGCGCGGCGCGGCGCCAUGUCCGCCUCCAGGCUCUUCACCCUCGUGCUGGUGGUGCAGCCGCCCCGCGUCCUUCUGGGCAUGAAGAAACGCGGGUUCGGGGCCGGGCUCUGGAACGGCUUUGGAGGAAAAGUGCAGCCGGGAGAGAGCAUCGAGGAUGCUGCGCGCAGGGAGCUCCUGGAAGAGAGCGGGCUGACUGUGGACACCUUGCAGAAGAUGGGUCAGAUCACUUUUGAAUUUGUAGGCAACUCUGAACUGAUGGAAGUUCACAUUUUCCGAGCGGAUCAGUUUCACGGAGAGCCAAAGGAAAGCGACGAAAUGCAGCCUCAGUGGUUUCAACUGGAUGAGGUGCCGUUCAAACAAAUGUGGCCAGAUGAUGUCUUUUGGUUCCCAUUGGUGCUUCAGAGAAAGUUGUUUCGUGGCUACUUUAAGUUCCAAGGACAAGACACCAUUGUGGAACACACCCUGAAAGAAGUGGAGGAAGUUUAAGAGGAAGGCAGAAGCAUUCAUUCCACGUGCUGCUGCCCACAUUGGGCUGGGACACCACGAGUGCUUCCAGGGGGCUCCUUUCUCAGCUCCCCCGCAAGAAGAAGCUGACUGCCAGCUCACAGGGAAGUAAAGAAAAUAAGGGGAUUUCUUAGAGCAGAAAUAAACAUAGUAAGAAUUUC